AUGACUGCAGCACAAAACAUCCCAUUCAUGGAUCAACACGACUAUUCUGUUCGCGGCAGCGCGUCAUCGCAGCGAGUCGACGAGGCAGCGAGCGAGGCCGCCGCGUCGAUCGCCAUGCGUCACUUGCCCGCCGAUCCCGCCACCAUCUUACGUGGCGUUCCCUUUGUAACCGCCGGCGAGCAGCGAUUGCUUCCUUCACUCGAAAUCGCCAGAAGCCAACUAGAAACGUCGGGCGGCGACUUAAAUUUCCCCCCAAAUCGUUGGAAUUUGCCGGUGGGGGCGAGCGCUGGAGUGGUAGUUCCGUUCGGCGCGGAGAAUACCAGCACUGGUAGAGUCGUGCCAGCAGCCGCACACCCUCAUUUGAAUCCCCCCCGUAAUGAAGAACGCUCUUCAGUGUACCGUGAUCUCCCUGGAAGCGCAGCUGAGCUCUCGCUUCACGCCGCUCUCCCCUUGUCCCUCGCAGCUGCAACAACUGCCGUGGGCGUCGGCUCGCCGCUGCAGCUAGCGCCGCAAGUGACCUCUCGAGGCGCUCCUCCGCCCCUGGUGCUAGCAUGCGGGCAGGACGAACAGCAGCACCACAGCGCUGCUGGUGCACGGAGCUCGAGUCGCGAGCACGCACAAGAGGCGCCGUUGAUAGGGUUCCCCUCGUCCCUCCUUCACGCCAUGAAAGCUGGGGUGGCGCCCGGGCACAGUGAGAGCAGCCCAGCGGCAGGAGCGGCGAUUGGUUCGAGGGGCGGACGCCAGGGAACGGCAGCAGGCAGGACGAGCGCAGCAAGCGUGCAGUGGGGCAGCGGCCUUGCUCUGUCUCAGCCUGCCCUGCCUCCGGCUCGUGAGAUCAGGUUCUCUCUGCUGGGUGAACGGGAAUCAGGAGAAGAGGAUAGAGGAGCUGGUAUGGGGAGCGGGGCAGCGGGAGAAGCUCGGGGAGGAGGAGGAGGAGAAGGUGGGGGGCAGAAGGAGGGGCUGAAAGGGCUCUUUGGCCUGGGACAGGCGGAGGCCCCUGGGGCGCAAGGCAUGGCGGCGUUGGUAGCCUACCAACGCCGUGAUGACCCCUGCAGCGGCGCCGCUGCACCACUGCACUCCGCCUUCCCUCAACCUUCUGCUGCUGCUGCUGCUCCUGCUGCUGCUCCUGCUUCUGCUGUUGCUGCUGGUGGUGGUGGUGCGACUGGUGCAGGUGAUCUCAGGCGCACGCUGAGGGGGAGUGUGGGAAGCGAGGUGCAGCAGGAGGGCAGCAAUUGCUUGGGAGGGGCGUUCCUGUCCCUUGGGUUCCCUGGCACCAGUGCCGUGAGCAGCAGUAGCAACGAUGGGCUGCCCCGGAUGCUCACUGCCAGUGAACAGGAGGCACAGGAGCAGGAGCGACAACAGGGGCUCCACCACGGGAAGUUGCUGCAACAGUGGCAGCAACAGCAGCAGCAAACACGGCAGCAGCAGCAGCAGCAGCAGCAGCAGCAGCAGCAGCAGCAGCAGCAGCAGCAGCAGCAGCAGCAGCAGCAGCAGCAGCAGCAGCAGCAGCAGCGGCAGCAGCAGCAGCAGCAGCAGCAGCAGCAGCAGCAGCAGCAGCAGCAGCAGCAGCAGCAGCAGUUGCUGGACCCAGGAGGUUUGCCACCGUGGAGGAACAGUGGAGUGGGGCAAGGCACGGGGGAGGAGAGACAAGGGUCAGUGGGAGGAGGCAGGGACAGUGCAAGGCGAGGCAAUACUAUGCACCAGGGUCCCCAGCACUUCCACGUGAUGGCAAAACAGCAGGAGCCGCUGCUCCCCCCUGCUCUGCAACAAGGCCAGAGAGUGGACGAGGUUGGAGCGAGGGGUCUGUCAGAGCUGUUGCUGCGUGCACGAAGCAGCAGAGAAGUGUCUCCCACUGAUGCUCGCACGCGCGUGGAGGUACGCACGUCCGUCUCCAGAGCGGAGGGGUUACGGGUUGGCCCGCGUGAGGAUGUGUGGCUGGGGUUGGGGGCGGGGCUGGCGCUGCUAGGGGGUGUGGGCGCCAAGGGGGGAGUGGGGGAAGGGAGGGUGGCGGUGGGGGGAGCUGUGGACUCAAGUGCUGGGAUAGCGAUCCGUGGGGCUGGGCGGCCCAGCCCAGGCGAGCUUGCUGCUGCGGCCCUUGCUGCUGGCGCUGUGGGCUCAAGGUAUGGGGAGGGCGGAGAGGUGGGGCAGGAGAGGCACGAGGAGGGCAGGGGCGUGGGGAGUGGGCGAGGAGGUGGCAGGAUAUGGAGUGGGGGGGAGCGGGAGGGCAGUGUGAGUGGGGGGAGCAGUGGGGUGACUGGGAGGGAGGACACGGGGGGGAGUGGGCAGGGAGAAGCAGGGGGAUGGGGCAAAGUGGAUAGCGGCAAAGCAGGCAGGGCGAGCAGCGGAGGGGCGAGCGCGGGGCCUGGGAGAUCCACAGGGGGAGCAGCAGAUGGGGGCUCGGUGGGGGGAGGGAGCAUCGUGCGGGGCGGAGGUGGCAACAGCGACCCGUUCAUCUGCCAGGUGGACAGUUGUGACGUGGAGCUGACGUCACACAAGGACUACUACAGGCGGCACCGCGUGUGUGAGGCACACGCCAAGGCCACGCACGUGCACAUCCAGGGCAAGGCGCAGCGCUUCUGCCAGCAGUGCAGCCGCUUCCACGACCUGUGUGAGUUUGACGACAGCCGUCGCAGCUGCCGCAGGCGCCUGCUAGGUCACAACCGCAGGCGCCGCAAGCAGCAGAACCAGCCGCUGCUGCAAGGCACCCCGCCGCCCCAGCAGCCCCUGGCACAGCCGCUGUCGCAGCAGCAGCAGCAGCAAACGAGCAGCUCUUCUAACCCGUUCUUUCCAAGAACUCGAAACACGGUGGAAGGAAAGGAAGUGGCAGCUGGGGACAGCAGCAGCAGUGGCACCACAUAUCCCCUCACUUGCUCAAGGUCCCGCGAGCCCGUUCCCAAACCCCCGUUUGCCUCCCUCGCCCCUCUCUCCUCUGCUGCAGCCGUCCAGGCAGGGUCAAGUGGGGGAGGUGGUGACCCCCUGUGCGGUAGGCCCGUGCGACAGUUCUCAGCAAUGAGUGCAUGCGGCGAGGCCGGUGAGAACGACAGUCUGCGCGCUGCUGGUGUGACGACCACUGAGGGGCCUGGCCGGGUGGACAGGUCUGAGGCACGCAGAGGAAGUGGAGGAGAGGUGGGAGGAGAUAGGGGAGGAGAGGGGAGGGGUGAGGGAGGAGAGGGGGGAGGAGAGGGGGGAGGCGAAGGAGGUGGAGGAGGAGGAGGGAGAGAAAGGAGGGGAGGAGGAGGAGAAAGAGGCAUGUUAGUUGAAAGUCAAGGGCAUUCACGUGCAUGGGACAUAGUGGAAGGGAAGUCGAGCAGAGCGAAUGAGGUCGGGGAGAUAGGGUUGGGGGGAGGAGAGCGAAGGAGAGGAAGAGGGGAAGCAGAUACAGGGGGAAGAGAGGCGAAUAUGCAGCAAGAGCAGUGGUUGGAGGAUCAGGCAUCUGCUGCCAAGCGACCUAAGACCCAGCCUGGGGUGGGUGAGGCGGCAGCAGGGGGUGGGCAAGGGGAAAGCAGCGGGGCGAAUAGGGGCGAGGAGGAGAGAGAGGCGCAUGUGGUGGGGCGAGGCGAUGUGCCCUUGGGGUAG